GUCAUGAUCCUCCGGCUGAUUCUGCUCCUGUGCAUCUCCACACAUGGCGCAGAGGCAACGUUUGCCCAACAACCCCAGGACCUGGUGGUGGUGGCCGGCCAACCCGUGACACUGCCCUGCACUAUCCCUGCUUACCACGGCGUUGUCCUCUGGAUCAAAGAUGGCCUGGCGUUAGGAGUUGGCAGAGACCUCUCUGGGUAUCCUCGCUACACGGUCAUUGGCGACCACGGCUCAGGGGAGCAUCAUCUGCGUAUACAGCGCGUGGAGCUGAUGGACGACGCCGUGUUCGAGUGCCAGGCUGUCCAGGCGGCCAUGAGGUCACGACCUGCCCGUCUCACUGUGCUAGUGCCCCCGGAGGACCCCGUCAUCAGCGGGGGGCCCGUGGUGAGUCUGAGGGCCGGGGAUCCGCUCAAUCUGACCUGCCACGCCGACAACGCCAAGCCUGCAGCCUCCAUCAUCUGGAUCCGCAACGGAGAGGUCCUUAAUGGAGCCAUGUACUCCAAGACGCUGCUGAGGGACGGCAGGAGAGAAAGCACCGUCAGCACUCUUUACCUUUCACCAACCAACAUCGAGACAGGGCAGCAGAUCAUCUGCAAGGCCUCCAACAAGGCAGUCCCCAACGGCAAAGAGACCAGCGUCACCAUCGACAUCCAACAUCUCCCGCUUGUCAAUCUUUCCGUGGAGCCGCAGCCUGUUCUGGAGGGCAACCUGGUGAAAUUCCACUGCUCAGCGAAGGCCAACCCUCCAGUCACGUACUACAGGUGGGCCAAAGGAGGCAGUAUAAUCAAGGAGGUCUCUGGAGACACCUAUGAGGUCAUUGUGGACCACUCCUUCUUUUCAGAGCCCGUUUCCUGUGAGGUUACCAACCCUCUGGGCAGCACCAACAUCAGCCGUAACGUUGACGUUUACUUUGGCCCCCGUAUGGCUGCAGAGCCUCAAUCUUUACAAGUGGACCUCGGCUCUGACGCAGUGUUUAACUGUGCUUGGACGGGCAACCCCUCACUAACCAUUGUUUGGAUGAAACGAGGAUCCGGAGUGGUUCUUAGUAAUGAGAAUCUCCUGACGCUGAAAUCUGUCAGACAAGAGGAUGCUGGGAAAUAUGUUUGCCGUGCCGUGGUCCCCAGAGUAGGAGCAGGGGAGAAGGAGGUUUCUCUUACUGUCAAUGGGCCACCUACCAUCUCCAGCACUCAGACGCAGCAGGCGCUGCACGGAGAGAAAGGACAAAUCAAAUGUUUCAUCCGAAGUACGCCACCUCCAGACAGAAUUGCUUGGUCCUGGAAGGAAACAGUUCUGGAGUCUGGAACAUCCGGCCGCUACACCGUAGAGACGGUAACCACGGAGGAAGGAGUGAUCUCCACGCUGACCAUGAGCAACAUCGUGCCGGCCGACUUCCAGACCAUCUACAACUGCACGGCGUGGAACAGCUUUGGCUCCGACACCGAGAUCAUACGCCUUAAGGAACAAGAAUCUCUCCCCGUGGCCGUGAUCAUCGGCAUAGCCGUCGGAGCGUUCGUGGCCUUUAUCGUGCUGAUGGGAACCAUCGGAGCGUUCUGCUGCACCCGCUCCCAGAGAAAGGAAGCGCACCUGGUUAUGCCCUCACUGCCCGUCUCCAUCUGUGCUCACCAGAGAGAAGCAAGCAAAAUUAAGACAGAAAAUCUGAAAGGCGUGGUGUCAGCGAAAAACGACAUCCGGGUGGAGAUUGUGCACAAGGACCACAACGCAGCGCGAGAGAGCGAAGAACACAACUCCAUGAAACAGCUGAUGGUGAGUGUGAGUGUCACAGUAUACUAUACUAUUCAUUCAAAAAGUACCCUCCAGCAACUGGAGGUCUUACAGGAGGAGGAGAAGGAGUAUCAGCACAUCAAGGAUCCGACCAACGGCUACUACAGCGUGAACACCUUCAAAGAGCACAGCACACCGACCAUGGCGGGAAACCAGUCGACCGAGGGGAGGAAUCCCACCAACACCAGUACCCUGGGCAAGCAGCGUGUGCCCACGGGCAUGUCCUUCACCAACAUCUACUCCACUCUGGGGGCAGGCCCCAACCGCCUGUACGACUACAGCCAGCGCUUCGUCCUGGGCAUGGGCAGCAGCUCCAUCGAGCUGUGCGAGCGCGAGUUCCAGCGCGGCUCGCUCAGCGACUCCAGCUCCUUCAUCGACACGCAGUGCGACAGCAGCGUCAGCAGCUACAGUAAGCCCGACGGCUACGUGCAGUUCGACAAAGACAGCAAAGUCUCGGCCUCCUCCUCCUCCCACUAUUCCCAGUCGUCUUCACAGAACUCUGACCUCACGCGGCCCCUUCAGAAGCGCAUGCAGACCCACGUCUGACCACCAGGGGAGGACGGGCUUUGGAACAGGGUGGGAACGAGGAGUCAGGAGUGUUAAAAACUGUGAAACAAUGAGCUCCCAGGAGCUGGAGACCCAACUGUCUCACGGUGCGUCUCGUGGGACGACUCUUUUUAGAGGAUCAAGAAGCCUUAUAUAAUUCAUGCUCGACUCAUCAGCCACUUCCUAAUGAAAAUUGUGCCACUGAGAGGGAUUUUUGCCAACACCGGGAAAACAAAAAGCUGGGAAUCUGUACGUUGAGUGCACGGGAACGACGGCGGCGGCGGCGGCGGCGGCGCUGGGAUCAGAAAUCGGAGAACAGAGGCUUUUGUGUGACAAUCAGUUCACUGGAAAAGAAGAGCUUCUGCCUCUUGGAAUGGAGAGAGAAAAAGUGAAAUGAUUAUGAGUGUUGAAGCACUCUGCACAAACUGCAGGAUAAUGAUUGUGGGCCCAUGUCCUGAUGCCCCCCCCUCCA